CUCCGGCAUUGCGUUUGUUUUGAUCAGAAGCCUUUGAGCUUUUGAGGUUUUGAUGCUUGAGCCGCUGGGCUCCCCGGCCGCUCAAGCAUGCUGGAGCCAGUUUGUGCUCUCUCCUCUGAUGACCCUUCGAGUUUGGUGCAGAUCCGGCGACCUUCUUUCUUCUCUGGCGGAUCUGAAGCAGCGCGCGCGAGGGCUACCAGAUCUGACGCCCACCGUGGCUCUCCUGUUGGUUCCGAGGGACUUCCACCGCCAGAUCGGGUGACCGCUCGGCAUCCUGGAGCCUGGUGCUAUUUCCUUAUGGGUAGAUAGAAGGGUGUCCUAUAUGGAUCGGUCGACCGAAGGCCGUGAUAUUUCCGGGAUCGUUCGUGGUUGUUCAAGUGCUGAGUGCACCUCUCUUCGGUCUCUGGAUAUGGGUCUACUCUGAUCUUUUGUUUCAGGUGUUUUUACUAUUUGUUAUCUUUGUAGAUGCCGUAUGGCGGUAUUUGUAAUAAAUCCAUUCCAUUAUC